UAGCACCAGAGAAGGGAAGAGAAGGAAGCGGAGAGAGUGUGAUCAUCAAACCUAAAAACCCACGGAAAGAGUACAAACCUGAGCUCUCUCAAUGGAAAAGAGCACAAGCCAGGACCACAGUGAGGAGAACCCUUACCUCUGCUUCCAGAGAACCCCCUCCCUUCGACGCAAAUGGAGGAAACGGUAUGGAGGCUUGGACGGUAACAAACUGCUGGAGCCGAAUAAAGAGGAUGAUAUUCGAGAAAAUGGAGAGUUGACAGACACGCGUCAGGAUGCGGAUUCUACUCCAGUGAGGCGGGCUGAGAGCCAGGAGACGGCUGCAGAAGUGACAGCCCCACCUCCCACACCGCGAAAUGCAUUCCAGUCACAGAAACCUGUCAACUUCGUCACUCCAGGAUCAACAGGUUCUCCAUCGUUGGCCAGUAAUGGGAGUCAGAGAGCUGCAGGUCCAAACGGAGAGCAGGUUCGCAAUGCCAACCCCUUCUGGCACAGCGUCAGCAGACUGGACCCCCAGCAAGGCCACGGCAAACGGAAACUGGCGGCUGAUGUUCUCUUUGAGAGUUUUGCUUCAGAGGGAAAAGUCAACAUGACCCAGUUUUUUGAGGCAGUGUGGAACUCUGGGAUAGUUCGGUCCGACUCCAGGAUUAAGGACUGCCACUUACUCAUGAAGAAACUUCUGGAAGCUGAUGGAACUGUGGACAGGAACACAUUCCACAGGUGUGUGACAGGUGUAGUGUCUUUCAUCCUGAAAGCACUGCAAGGGAGGUUCGUCAUUCCGGAUUUUUCUACCUUCUCUGAAGAAACUCAGAAGCUUUUUCUGAAGAGCAAACAACUUGCGCCUGUCAAGCAGGAGCAGGCCCCAGUGAAUGGAGACAGUGGAAAGUGGGGAGUAUCCAUCUGCACUGUCGAUGGCCAGAGGCUGUCUGUGGGAGACUGCGCAGAUCCCUGUGUUCUGGGAGAGAUCUCCUGGCCUCUCAUUUAUGGAAUCGCAGUGGACCAGCUUGGGCCUGACUAUGUACACAGAUAUGUUGGCGUGGAGGAGUUCUCUAAGUACGAGUCGGCUUUUACCCUCACCAAACAAGGCGUUCCCCACAGUCCACUCACACAGACAGGAGCCAUCAUCACUGCAUCGUUACUGCAGUUAGCAGCCCGGCUGGGAGCAGAGGAGGAUGAAAAAUAUGAGUCUGUUCUGAAUGUUUUCAGAAAGCUGUGCAACAAAGAGCAUGCAAACUUGAACUGCACAAGCUACCAGGCCCUGAGAAGAGACAGCGUCGCACUUCAUGCGCUUUCUUUCUACCUUCAAGAAAAGAAGUGUUUCCCUGAGUCUGUAGACAUCAACACUACAUUGGAUUUACUGCUGCAGUGUUCUUCCACAGAGGUCACAUGUGAAUCUGGGGCUGCCAUAGCUGCCACCUUAGCCAAUGGGGGGGUUUGCCCACUGUCAGGUGAUCAGGUUCUGUGUCCUUCAUCUACCCGGAACAUGCUGUCCAUGAUGCAAGUUGCAGGAAUGAAAGACUACUCCAGAAUAUUCCAUUUCAAGACCUCUGUACCAGCCAUGUCCAGCCAAUCAGGCGGCUUGCUGAUGGUUGUUCCCGGGGUCUUGGGCCUGAUGUGCUGGUCACCGGAGCUUGAUGCAUUUGGAAACUCCUGGAAGUCUGUGCACUUCUGUGAGGAACUGGUGUUGACAUUCCAGCUACACAGCUUUGAUGUGAGAACCCCGUUCCGCCAGGUGGUGGCCUACAGACAGUGGAAGGCUGAGUCUGAGGGUUAUCAGAUAAUGAAUGUCUUACUGGCAGCCUACAGAGGGGAUGUACAGUCCUUACGCAGAUACUUCCUGUCUGGAGCUGACCUGAAUGCGGUGGACUAUGACGGAAGAUCAGCCCUACAUGUUGCUGCUUCGGAGGGCCAUGCGGAGGUCAUCAAGUUCCUGAUCGAAAAUGCAGGGGCAAAUCCCUUAGCCAAUGACAGGUGGGGAAACUCAGCUCUGCAAGAGGCAGAGAGGAGUAACCACGUUCAGACGGUCCAGCUUCUGCAGAAGUACAGGGAACACCCGUGAGCCGCAGGGUGAACCUGCUGGACCUCCCAACACCCACAACGCACCAUUCCUAUACAACAGGGGUGUCAAACUCCAGUCCUGGAGGGCUGCAGGUGUUUGUAGUUUCCCUUCAAUCAUCAGCCACUUAAGGCCUCAAAAACCAGCAAGAACCAGCAGAUACUGCAGCCUUCCAGGAUUUGGGUUUGACACCCCUGGUAUAGAACUACCAUUUCAGCCCCCCCUUUUCUACUUAUCUGAAUUUAUUAGAAACCUCAUCUGGCCUGCAAGUUCACUUACCUCCAAUCCCAUGGUCUUUGGCCAUACUGUGUUCAGUCCAUACUGGAGGAAAUGGUCAUUUAAUUUCAGAACUUAUAUUUUUGUCACAAACUUGACUACUAGCUAAUAGCAUUAUGUGUCUUAAUGUAACCCUAAAGAACAUUUAUAGAUGUUGUGUCAAACAUAUCUGUGAUUAACCCAAGCAGUACUGUGAGUUUGCUUUGAGAAGUAAA